CUUCAACGUUGAUAAAUCCCCAUCUCGCGAUCCCGUAGACUGUACUUUGAUGGGUAUGCCCACGACCUUCGACAUUGCUAGUCAUUGAUUCCCUCUAUUAUUUUCACCUACCCCGUAAACAAGUCCUGCGAAGAUGUCUUCGCCUUUACGCCUAGCUGCAGACGGCAAAUCAUGGAAAUUCGAGUCACUCCAAGAUGGCCUCCAGUUCCUGUAUGGUACCCAGGAGAAUUUCCGCUGCCAAGUUGUGAACCACCGCGGGCGUUCAUGCUCAGAAAGCGUCUCGAUACGCGGAAUUGAGCAGAUUUUGUCCCUCGUCUGUCUCAAGGGCAAGGUUCUGAACUGCAACCCUGCAUCACCUUCACACCAUGCUUCUGCAACGCUUAAGAUGGUCAUAGAUGAUCAUUCAACACACGACGGUUUCAUCAGCGGCCAACCUGAAAAAGACUUCUUUGACGCCCUGGUUUGGUACUCAAUGUGUACUACACACCGAAAUUCGGAAGAAUAUGAAAUUCGGAAGAAAACACUUCGGCGAAAAUGGCAGAAGCAAGUGCUUCGAGAGAUUUCGACGUUACCAUCCGCAAGUCAGCAGAGCGACUCUAACAAUGAGAAUCACCACCGAUCACACAACACGGACGAGAUUGCUGUCCGCUCCCCAAAGCCGUUCAUCAAAGGAACAUCCAUACGCACGCCCCAGAGAUUUCGAUUACCAAGACAAAGCGCUGUCGCCCUGGAGAAGGUCAGAGCUCGUUACUCGCCAGAACUCCCUGCAGAUCACAACACAGCUGGCGCUUUUGAAAGCGACUCCGAAAUUUCGGCUCCCAACAGCCCUGUUUUUGACAGCCCACCCGCAACAUCUGCCGAGACUCCUCUCACCAGCCGAAAGACCCUAUGGCAGCAGAGUGAGCAGAAGUUUCCAGAUAUUUUCGCGAAUGCUGUCGAAGCAUCUGCUGGCGCUGAGGACGAGUCCAACGACGAGUACUUUACAGCAGAGGAAAAUGAAACUCAACCAUCGCUCGUGUAUAAUCCUCGCCUUCGUCUAUUCCAGAAUCCUCAGCAAAGGCCAUCAGCGACUGGUCUGGAUCCUUUCCCGUCCGAAUCUGUCGGGCUACCACGUAGUUCAAGUCCAGCUUGCUUGUCAGGACACGAGCCCGUCCCGCCUGUUCCGGCCCCCUCUGGUACACUUGGGGAGCAGAACACCACCCCAAAUCCACUCAGGAGGGCGCGUACAAUGCCUAUAAAGGUUACAAAACAGCGGUCUGCGAAUUUUGACACAACAACCAUCAUCGAACGAAGACAUUCCUUCGAUGGUUUCAACGGGUACGAGGGUUUCGAAUCACAUUUCGACAGGGAUGCAAUCCAGGCGUUCCUUGAGAAUUUCCCGGCGACACGGAGGCGGCGAAAAUCGGUGGACCUUGCUCUUGUCGCAAACAGCCGUGAAUCAGAAACGUCGUCCGAAUCCAAGCAGGAUGGUUCUGAGAGAGACCAGUGCAGGAGCCACGAAGCGGCUGCCCGUAUCAGCUCACCGUCCAGCGAAGUAACAGGCCUGGAGCAAGCCAUCAUUGGAGUGUCUCUCUUCGAGCAUAGUCAUUCAGCAAAGAAUCAAUUUGCCCCAACUCGCCGGAGCAGAAAGGUUCCCCGGAAGUCUGAUGCAGUUAUGGCCAAAGCGGUUACCACCAACACUGAAGCAAGUGGUGAAAGAUCAUUCGAGCCGAAAAAGACGCCUGUCAAAGACCUGCUCGAGCUCCUGUCGCAAACGCAUUGGGAAUUCCGCAGAAGAACCGGGGGGGCUUUCAUUUAUGGCUAUCGCUGUGAGGGAAGUCCUGAGUACGUCAAAAUCGGUCGCACUGAGAGAAGUUCAGCUGAACGAUUAGCUGAAUGGAAACUUUGUGGCGAAAGUCCUGUGGAAAUAUACAGCUUCGCGACGCGGGGUAGUGGCAAGUUUGCAGAAGAUCUCAUCAAACUAGAGCUGCACCUAGAACGACGCAAGAGACCGUGUGCCAAGCACAAGAGAAACGAUGGCGUAACGCCAGUCGAGCAUAAUGAAUGGUUCAAGAUUGAAGAAGAAGAAGCCAUAGAACGAUUGGAGCUUUGGGAACGAUUCCACAAGCUGCACAUGUACCACCGCAAGAUUCCAACGCCUUAUAGCAGACUGAGCGAGUGGGUCGGAGAGCAGAUGGAAAAGAUUGGCGAGUUCGAGGCUUGGGGUGGAGUUGCCACUGGAGUGCAGGCAGGGAAGCCAACCAGAACGAAGAUCAAGGAUGAAGAAACUCACCGACGGGAGAUGACUAAAGUUUUGGAUUCGCUUGGGAAGUUUUUGGAUCUGGAGGAGGCGAAACGACGUCAAGCCAGAUAGCGUAAGUAUGAGCGCAGGAGAUUGAGGCAGGGAGAAUGCGGCACGAGCUCGGAGUGGAGGAGCGGUCCUCAGCUGCCGCUAUAACACCAGAGACACUUCCUCGACCGUAAAGUUGAGGUGGAAUUUGAGCCCUCCGCUUGUAACAACGUCUAUAUCCUCAGAAAAGCUCGAGUCUCAGGGCUGUGCGGAAGUCAUUUGCAGACUUACUUGGCGGCUGUCCGUCGGGCGUAAAAAUCGCAAGGGAAAAGAUGAUGCAUGGUGAGGCGCAGGAGCGCGCCCGGAAAACGUCUCCCCACACCUAAGU